AUGGCUUCGCCGGGCGAGCUUUCUCCCAACAAACCCUCGGAAGGCUUCUACACAUGCCAGGAUGAUCUUUGGAGCGCCCAUUUCCUGUUUCCCAAAGUUGGCGAGGUAACUGGCCAAGCUUUCUACUUACACCUCCAAAACUGGGGUAUUGAGCUCCCUGUUCUCCACGGUGGAUACGAGCAAUUUCUCAAGCUGCAAGCACUUUUCUGGCGGAAAAGUACCGGUGUCAACGAGCUAGACCAUGAGUCUCCAGGGCCUUCAAACGUCACCCAGGCACACCGCUGGACAGAUGAUCAGGAUCUGGCCGAGCACAUAAGGCAUGUCACACAUGCGCUCGAGGGUAGAGGAUCCGGGAAAAUAUACCAAACCAAAGGCGAUCUCAUCUUCGUCGUUCAUGAUGACUCUGAGAAAUACUGCAGCAAUCUUUCCUGCCCAGGAGCAGGAUCGAAGGCGGCUGAAAGACUCGAAAGCUCUCUUGCAAUUACGCUCGAACCGCUCCUCGAUUGGGGAACUGUUAAACCAGCUUCAGACGUGCGUGUGGCUUCCGAUAGAAUCUUCGCCUUUCGCCGCAACGGACCGAGGAUGAACGAUCCGUUGUGGACUCAGCAGGUCAAAAAGCUGGUGCCCAAGCAGACACGCACCUACUGCCUAAAUUGUCUAGAAGAACUUAUGAACAGACAGGCGGAGGCGCAAUUCAUCAUCGAUCGGUCUGUAGGUUAUCCUCGUGGAGCUGGAAAUCACUAUUACUCCGUUCAGCCUAUCCAGCGUCCAUCUUCUAAAAGCGAACUCUACGACCUGAGGGAGGGCGGCGAGUUUGUAGAUGAUUCGAGCUCUGAGGGACUGGUUUCUUCAACUGCUGGCUCGCUACAUCUCGAUGGCGUCGCGGAUGGGAUUUCAUACGCAAAGUCCCGUGACUAUACAUCCACCAAGACGAACGUUCAGGAGUGCUCUUGGACGGCCGAGGACAACCUCUUCCUCGUUGGGGAUACAGUCGGUGGCAAAGGAUCAUCUCGUUCACAGCGCCUUUCACGCUCAUUCACCGCACCAUCCGGUCCGACCAGAGUCGACAGUAUUCACUCCCAACUAUCGUCUAGUAGCUAUUCUCACUACCCUGUCCCUCUGAACAACUCGCGGCCGCCAACCCCUGAAACAUCAAGAACCAGCACUUUCGUCUAUCGAGACCCGACAUCCGCACGACAAACUCUCCUGAAAGAGAGUGUUCCUGAUUUUGGCAGUAGUACUCACAGAUUUGGCAGUAGUACUCACAGAUUUGGCCGCGAAAUAGAUACUAACGCUGUCCGUCGUUUCUUCACCAAUCACCGGAUCAGGCGAGAAAACAUGUCAAAAGCGAAGGACACCAAUACCCGCAACUCCGAUAUCCGUAACUUUUUCACGCCAGUAAACCACCUGAGACCAGUAACACCCAAACGCGCGGUCAAGACUAAGAACGUGCAUUACGGAGAAUCGGAUUUGAGUGACGCUGUCUCUGACAUCGCGAAAGAAAUUGAUGAUUCAGACGCGCCAGACGCGGAGUACACGCCCGUCAAGAACAAGGGGAAGGCCAGGUCAAAGUCGGUAUCGCCGAAAAAUAGAACACUGUCGCCGAAGAAGAAGACAUCAAGUCCGCCGUCAAAGCCCAUUGAGAAAGCGCAGCCAUCGCACGUACCUGUCUACCGUAAACGCGACCCAGCUACCGACAACUCACCCCCAUUCGGUGUCGCUCAAGCAGCUUUCGAAGCCCACUACCAACACACCCCCUCGAAAAGCGACCUAAUUUGUUCUUGCCGCAAACCCGCCCGUACCAACGAAGUCUUGAUCACACAAUGUGUAAACAAGGAUUGCAAAGUGCGCUGGUACCACAAAGACUGCCUGAGCACCAGGGGCAAGCUGCAAGCCAGGCACGGAACCUACCUCUGCGAGCAAUGCCAGAACGAGAAGCACUACACGGAUUUAUCUCGAGCCAACGGAUGGACCACAAAGAAAUUGGUGCAGGACGAGAUAGGGAUGCCGUUUACGGGGCAAGAGAUGGCGGGUACACUUGGCAACACAGGUAACUUCCGGGCGAUUACGAAUCCGUAUGGUCUUGCAACUACAACUGCGACGGCUUCGGCUACCACGCUCUCCCCCUUCGCGAAACCAUUCACUCCAGGUGGUAUGACUGCGACGGGCGCGGCGGCGUUGGGUCGUCUUGCUGUGGGCUCUGAACCUUCCCUUGGGUUAGAAACUUCACGACCGUACUUUGUUACUGAGGCAUAUACGAGAGGUGGGGAGCAUAGGCGUCUCGCGGAUGAAGAGUACGAGAACGCGCAGAUACAUGUGUAUGGAUGUCAAUCUGAUGAGUGGGAUGAGGAGAUGGACGAAGGUGAUGAGGAGGAAGAUGAAGAUGCGUGUCAGGCUCAUUACCCGUUGUAA